UGAUUAUCCAGAGUUUGAGCUUAUCAAGUGUUCUUUUUGUUUUUGUCAGUUCUUCCCUUUUCCUCUGGAGAUCCUGGAGGAGAUCUUCCUGAAUCUUCCUCCUGAUCAGGUGGUUUGUAUUUGCCAGUUAGUGUGCCGUCAAUGGAAAGAAGUGGUUGACAGUGAGACUCUGUGGAGAGAGAGAUGUAGAAGAGAAGGAUAUCACCUCCGCAAUGCUUCCAAAAUACCCAGAGACUGGAGGUUGUUUUACUUCUUGUGCAAGAAGAGGAGAAAUCUUCUCAAGAAUCCAAGAGGAGAACAAGACCUGAAUGGCUGGCAGAUUUUGGAAAAUGGUGGUGACAGAUGGGAAGUAGAUGGCAUUAGAGAGCCCCAUCCAGAUGAGUCAGUCCAGAAAAACUUUGUGACCUCUUACUUCAUGUGCAGGAAGUCGCAGCUGAUUGAUUUGGAGAAAGAAGGUUAUAACCCAUCACUUAUGGAUCACUUUCAGCCAGACAUCAAAAUAUCUGAUUGGUAUUCACAGAGAACAGACUGUGGCAGUCAAUACGAGAUCCGUGUAGAGUUGCUGAAUCAAAGAAAGAGACCUGUCCAGACAUUUGCCCCUGAGACUGUUUACUUAAAGCAGUGGGAUGAGGAGAAAUGGAUCCAGAUGACCCAUGUAUUCCAGAACUAUGGACCAGGAGUGAGAUACAUCCGUUUUACCCACGGAGGCAAGGACACACAGUUCUGGGCAGGAUGGUAUGGAAUUCGUAUUACUGACAGCUGUGUUGAAAUAUGUCCAGCAAUGGACCUGUAACUCUUUGGGAUUCAUGUAAUGUCAGCUUCCUGCCUUUGCCUGAAAUUGCACCUUUUUCAAGUCUUUGUUUGUUUAUUUUCCAAGUUUUUUUUCCUUAUAUAAUCUGCACUUAUUCAAUUGUAAAAGAACUACCAUACUCUGCAAAACUAAUAUGUUCUUUUUAAAAUGUUACAUUGAACAAAUUGCCACAUCCACACCUUGAGACGACAUACAUUUACAGGAGCAGUCACACACAUAUUUGGUGGCACAAGAGUCAUGAGUUGUAGCAGUAUAGGUUGUAUGCCCUUUAGUGUUGCUGCAUGACAACUGGUUGUGAAAAUUGUUAGGACAGUAUGCCUCAUGCAGUAUUAAAGGGAUAGUUAAGGAUUUUAGAUGUGGGUCAGUAUGACGUACUUAUCCAUAGUCAGUGUAUGACCUGCAGUAGAUGGCAGUCAGAUUUGUACCAGCAUGGAAGCUAUGCAAUGUACUGAGUGGACAGGGUUAGCUGGAUAAUGUAUUUUAGCCACCUAAAAGAAGGCCCACCGUGUGUGGUAAAGAGCUAUUUUCAGCUCUUUACCACACUACUACUACAACGAUUUCCUUUGGGACUACAACUACAACUUCAGUAUUCAUUCUGAUAAGCAGCUUAGCUGUGCACUGUAUAAAGGAAAUGGAUGUCUGAUGGCAAGGUAAGGCACUGAAAAUAUUUUGAAUUGUACACCUGAACUGAUGUAGAUUUGUUUUUUCGGUGGGCCUUCUUUUAGUUGGCUAAAAUAGAUUUUGUACCUGACCCUGUCCACAACAGUGCAUUGGUUAGCUUUCAUGCCAGUAGAACUUUCUGUUUCUCCAAACUGGGGACAGACCGACCGCCAUCUACUGCAGAUAAUAUACUGACUAUGGGUAAGGAACUCAUAUAGCCCCACUUCACAAAUCUCAAACUAUCCAUUUAAGGCAGCUUUGCAGAACAGGCUCUCUGAAAAGCUUUUCUGAUGCUUGUUUGCCUCAGUCUUCUUCACUGAAAGGCUGAGUGAUGAUAACCGGUGGUGGAACAUUUACAUUUACUCAUUUCGCAGACGCUUUUAUCCAAAGCGACUUACCAUUGAGGAACAAUACAAGCAUCAAAUACAGCACGAAAUCUACAACUGUCAAUAUGUACUAGUAAGAGAAGCAAAUAAAUACUAAUAGCACAUAUCACAUCAAUGGG